GUCAGUGCAGCAGAAUCCCGGAACCUAAACGCGGAGAAGCAAAACAAGCUGCAGCUACGGCACUCAGCUCUCUCCCGUGUUUGGAUGCAAGAAGAUAAUAGGAUUGAUUGCACUUAUUCAGCUUCGGUGUUUUUCCCCAACAUAGAUAUAUUCUGGCUCAUACUUGUUGCAUAGCUUAUAUGCUAAUGCUAGCGAGUUAGCUCCGGCAUGAACUCGCUGGUUGGCUAUGGAGUUUCCUCCGGCAGCGAGGAAGAGGAGGACGACGUAAACAACGGGAAAGCGGACUCUCCUCCGGAUGGCGGCGAUGCUGCUGCCAAAAAGAGCCGCAACUUCUUACUGGAGUCCGACUCCGCAUCGAGCGGCUCGGACUCGGAGGACCAGGAGCCCUCGUCGUCCUCGCCUCCUGCCCAUAACCGCUCCUCUGCGCCCCGACCCGCCGCGGACUCGAUCGCCCCUAAAAAGUUACCGCCUCCCAGUCUGGGCGCGUCGUCGGACAGCGGCGUGUUCGCCAACCCGUUCCGAGCGCAGGCCGAGCGGAAGCUCAGCGCGCUGCAGAAGCACGUCCCGCUCACCCUGCACGCCAGACCCGCGCAGAUCGGGGGCAAAAAGGUGUGCGUCUCCUACAGGAAGGACGGGAGGUGCCGCUUCGGCAUCAAGUGCAAGUUUGCUCACGACAGCGACCUCCAGACCGCGGUGGCCGCCGGCGACUGCCGUCCGGCCGCCGGCGAGGAGGAGCCGGGCGGAGCGGCCCGGAGCGCGCAGCGGGAGGCUCACCAGAGGGACGGAGAGCAGCAGCAGCAGCAGAUGAAGAAGAGGAGAGUUGGACUGAGCAACACUCUGAUUCCUCCUAAAAGAGCGCUGAAGCAGUAUGCCAUGCAGAGAGACAGAGGGCAGACCGAUAUGUCCCGAUGACCCCCUAGAUAUUGGGAAUAAACCCAGAAACUAUGUACAUUGUGUCCUUAAUGUGGAGUUUUCUGGACCAGAGAUCACUUUGUCGUAUUUAUUCUUCCCAGUCACACAUGGACCAGUUCACUGUUCUUUCUGAGAGACAUUAAACAGAAAUCUGUGUAAAUAGCUGGGAUGAACUGGGCACCGGCAUCAAAAUUAAACCACAUUUUAUCACCAACAUUUCCCCACGUAGAGUUCCAGGAAGCCCUACCUCUGCAUCAUUUCACCACGUGUUUGUGUAUUCCGCUUAACUUAAUGUACCAGAACUAAAAUAAACGUCUGAUAACGUAGAAGUGAAAAA